AUGCAAAGUAUUCUUACAGAACAUGACACAGAGGAACCUCCUAAGACAGACAAACCUUUUAAGAGGGAGGAGCAUCUAAAAACAGAGGUACCUCCAAAGAAAGAAGAAUUUCCUAAGAGAGACGAGCAAUCAAAGACAGAUAAAUGGGAGGCAGACCAACUUUCAAAGAGAGGAGAACCUUCUCAGACAGAAGAAUCUCUGAAAACAGAUGCAUUACCAAGGAAAGAGGAACCUCCUGAGCCAGAUAAACCUUCUAAAAAGGAAUCUCUGAAAACAGAGGAAUCAACAAAGAAAGAGGAACCUCCUGAGACAGAUAAACCUUCUAAGAGUGAGGAUCAUCUAAAUACAGAGGUACCUCCAAAGAAAGAAGAACUUCCUAAGUUAAAGGAGCAAUCAAAGACAGAUGAAUCUUCAGAGGCAGGCCAACUUUCAAAGAAAGAUGAACUUUCAAAGACAGAAGAACCUUCUAUGACAGAAAAACCUUCUAAGACAGAAGAACCUCUGAAAACAGAGGAACCUCCAAAGAAAGAGCAACCUCCUAAGACAGACAAACCUUCUAAGAGUGAGGAGCAUCUAAAUACAGAGAAGGAUGAACAUUCUAAGACAGAAGAAUUUCUGAAAACAGAGGAAUCACCAAAGAAAGAGGAACUUUCCAAGAAAGACAAACCUUCUAAGAAGGAAUCUCUGAAAACAGAUGCAUUACCAAGGAAAGAGGAACCUCCUGAGACAGAUAAACCUGCUAAGAGUGAGGAUCAUCUAAAUACAGAGGUACCUCCAAAGAAAGAAGAACUUCCUAAGUUAAAGGAGCAAUCAAAGACAGAUGAAUCUUCAGAGGCAGGCCAACUUUCAAAGAAAGAUGAACUUUCAAAGACAGAAGAACCUUCUAAGACAGAAAAACCUUCUAAGACAGAAGAACCUCUGAAAACAGAGGAACCUCCAAAGAAAGAGCAACCUCCUAAGACAGACAAACCUUCUAAGAGUGAGGAGCAUCUAAAUACAGAGGUACUUCCAAAGAAAGAAGAACGUCCUAAGAGAAAGGAGCCAUCAAAGACAGAAGAAUAUACAGAGGCAGGCCAACUUUCAAAGAAAGAUGAAAUUUCAAAGACAGGAGAGCUUCCUAAGACAGAAAAAUCUCUGAAAAAAGAGGAACCUCCAAAGACAGAUGAACCUCCUAAAACAGACAAACCUUCUAAGAGUGAGGAGUAUCUAAAUAAAGAGGAACUUCCAAAGAAAGAAGAACGUCCUAAGAGAGAGGAGCCAUCAAAUACAGAUGAAUCAGAAGCAGACCAACUUUCAAAGAGAGGAGAACCUUCUCAAACAGAAAAAUUUCUGAAAACAGAGGAACCUCCACAGAAAGAGGAACCUCCUAAGAUAGAUAAACCGUCUAAGAAGGUACUUCCAAAGAAAGAAGAACUUCCUAAGAGAGAGGAGCCAUCAAAGACUGAUGAAUCAGAGGCAGGCCAACAAUCAAAGAAAGAUGAACUUUCAAAGACAGGAGGACCCUCUAAGACAGAAGAAUCUCUGAAAACAGAGGAACCAAAUAAGAAAGAGGAACCUCCUAAGCCAGACAAACAUCCUAAGAGCGAGGAGCAUCUAAAUAUAGAGGUACCUCCAAAGAAAGAAGAACUUUUUGAGAGAGAGGAGCCAUUAAAGGCAGAUGAAUCAGAGGCACGCCAACUAUCAAAGAAAGAUGAACUUUCAAAGACAAGAGAACCUUCUAAGAUAGAAGAAUCUCUGAAAACAGAGGAAUCACCAAAGAAAGAGGAACAUCCUGAGACAGACAAACAUUUUAAGAGUGAGGAGUAUCUAAAAACAGAUGUACCUCCAAAGAAAGAAGAACUUUUUAAGAGAGAGGAGCCAUCAAAAACAGAUGAAUCUUCAGAGGCAGGCCAACUUUCAAAGAAAGAUGUACUUUCAAAGAAAGGAGAACCUAUUAAGACAAAAGAAUCUCUAAAAACAGAGGAAUCUCUGAAAACAGAGGAAUCAACAAAGAAAGAGGAACCUCCUGAGACAGAUAAACCUUCUAAGAGUGAGGAGCAUCUAAAAACAGAUGUACCUCCAAAGAAAGAACUUCCUGAGUUAAAGGAGCAAUCAAAGACAAAUGAAUCUUCAGAGGCAGGCCAACUUUCAAAGAAAGAUGAACUUUCAAAGACAGGAGAACCUUCUAAGGCAGAAAAAUAUCUGAAAACAGAGGAACCUCCAAAGAAGGAGGAACCUCCUGAGACUGACAAACCUUCUAAGAGUGAGGAGCAUCUAAUUACAGAGGCCAACUUUCAAAGACAGGAGAACCUUCUAAGACAGAAGAACCUCUGAAAACAGUGGAACCUACAAUGAAAGAGCAACCUUCUAAGAGAGACAAACCUUCUAAGAAGGAACCUCUAA